AGCACAGAUACAGGCUUUCAUACAUCGGCUAGAGCAGGUUGCUUUUUAGAUCUUUUCUCACCGGCGGAAAUUUACGCUUUUCUUGAUUUGGAGCAACUUUUAUACAACUGCUAAUUGACUGGUUUGACAGAUGAAGGUCUAUCAGAGUCUGACUGAGAACAUGCUGACAGUCAACAUGUUACUGAGUGUCUUCUUUCUUCCAGGUGCUUUGACCGUUUACUGUGGUGUUUAUAAUCCUGGCCUCAGGAUCACUACACCAAAUAACAUGGAAGCUCUGAUUGGAUCUUGUUUGCAUAUCCCAUGUACCUAUAACACAACGGAAAAAUCAUAUAACAGCAGUAAAACUAUCUAUGGAAUUUGGAUGAAAGGUGGUGUAAAUUUUGGGUCAAAUCCAAGCCCUGUUAUUUUCAACAGCAGUGGGUCAAUUAACACCUUUUCACUGAAUAUUACUGGAAACCUGAAAGAGAAAAACUGCACCACUCUGUUUCCUAAUCUAACAACAAGUCAUACAGACAAAUACUUCUUCAGAGUUGAGAACUGGCCAUUCAGAGCAACAGCUUGUGCUGAUCCUCUUCAAAUAAAAGUUAAAGAUUCUCCUCAGCGUCCCAGCAUUAAUCUUCCCUCUGACCUGAAGGAGCAUCAGUCUGUCACUGUAACCUGCUCAGCUUUCACUCCCUGUCCACAAUCACCUCCUGAACUCACCUGGAAUCUCCAACAAGACUCUCUCAGACAAACAGAGAAAAACUCAGAUGGAACCUUUACAACUAAAAUCCAUAAGAACAUCACUCUGUCAGACACACAUGAUGGAUACAACAUCAGCUGUACUGCCAGAUAUCCUGUGAUUGGAGGAAACAAGACAGAAGUGAAAGCCGUAAUGCUUAAUGUUUCCUAUGCUCCUAGAAACACCUCAGCAUCCAUCAGUCCAUCAGGUUUGGUGUCAGCAGGUAGCAGGGUGGAGCUGAGCUGCUCCAGUAGAGCCAAACCUCCACCCAGCUUCACCUGGUUCUGGAAUGGAAUAAGAGUGUCAGAAAAACAAAAGUACAGCUUCAGUGUCACUAAGGAAGGAGAGUUUUACUGUGUGGCCAAAAAUGAUUUAGGAAAUGAAACAUCGUCCAGGAUCUGUGUCAGUAUUAAAGAUUCUCCUCAGCGUCCCAGCAUUGAUGUUCCCUCUGACCUGAAGGAGCAUCAGUCUGUCACUGUAACCUGCUCAGCUUUCACUCCCUGUCCACAAUCACCUCCUGAACUCACCUGGAAUCUCCAACAAGACUCUCUCAGACAAACAGAGAAAAACACAGAUGGAACCUUUACAACUAAAAUCCAGGAGACCAUCACUCUGUCAGACACACAUGAUGGAUACAACAUCAGAUGUUCUGCCAGAUAUCCUGUGAUUGGAGGAAACAAGACAGAAGUGAAAGCCGUAAUGCUUAAUGUUUCCUAUGCUCCUAGAAACACCUCAGCAUCCAUCAGUCCAUCAGGUUUGGUGUCAUCAGGUAGCUGGGUGGAGCUGAGCUGCUCCAGCAGAGCCAAACCUCCACCCAGCUUCACCUGGUUCAGGAAUGGAAUAAAAGUGUCAGAAAAACAAAAUUACAGCUUCAGUGUCACUGAGGAAGGAGAGUUUUAUUGUGUGGCCAAAAAUGAUUUAGGAAAUGAAACAUCGUCCAGGAUCUGUGUCAGUAUUAAAGAUUCUCCUCAGCGUCCCAGCAUUGAUGUUCCCUCUGACCUGAAGGAGCAUCAGUCUGUCACUGUAACCUGCUCAGCUUUCACUCCCUGUCCACAAUCACCUCCUGAACUCACCUGGAAUCUCCAACAAGACUCUCUCAGACAAACAGAGAAAAACACAGAUGGAACCUUUACAACUAAAAUCCAGGAGACCAUCACUCUGUCAGACACACAUGAUGGAUACAACAUCAUAUGUUCUGCCAGAUAUCCUGUGAUUGGAGGAAACAAGACAGAAAUGACAGAAGUGACUCUCAGUGUUUCAUAUGCUCCUAGAAACACCUCAGCAUCCAUCAGUCCAUCAGGUUUGGUGUCAGCAGGUAGCAGGGUGGAGCUGAGCUGCUCCAGCAGAGCCAAACCUCCACCCAGCUUCACCUGGUUCAGGAUCAGCGAACAUGGAGCCACUAAUGUGUCUGUGGGGCCAGUUUACGGCUUGAAUGUUACUGAAGGAGGAAAGUUUUACUGUGUGGCUACAAAUGAUCUGGGUAAUCAGACAUCCUAUGUGAACAUUAACAUUGAAGGUCCUUCAACAAAAGCAAAUUUUCCCAUUGUGCCAAUGGCAGUGGGACUAUCUGUGGCCAUCAUUGUGGGUUUAUGUUUGGUUUUAACUGUUUGUUGUUUUAAGGCCAAACAAUCUUCUCCUCAACAGACUCAGAGUCAAACAGGCGUUGAAGCUGAUGUUCAGAUAUCAGACGACAAAGAAACAAAAGGAGAAGUUCAUUAUGGAGAAGUGAACAUCAUAAAGAAGUCACCUGAAGCUUCCACUUUGCCAGUGCCGGACGGCGAACAGACGUCGGUGUACGCUGAGGUCAAAGUGCCAACGGCAGAGAAAUCCACAACACAGACCGCUGAGAGUCCAGAGAAUCUCUACGCUCAAGUGAAGAAGAAUUAAUGUUCGUUUGUACGAUAAAAUCAGGAUUUAUUUGUGCAAUAAGUAAGAUCUUGUCAGACAUGGUAGACAUGUUUUUCUGAACGUGCUCAUCCUUAGUUUAAUUGUUCUGUCGCUUUUGAUUUCAUACUUUGUAAAGAUUUCAGUUAUUUUGUACUUGUUUUAACAGUGAGAUCUGCAGAUGGAUCUCCUUGUCAUGAAAUGAUUUCUGAAAAGAAGAAAAAGUGUUAAAAGCUGAAAAUAAUUUAUUUUCCUUCUCAUUUAAACCUUCGUAGAAACUGAAGGUUAAUUUAAGGCUGUGUGUGUGUUUAUGUUUUAUGGCUUGCUAGAGUGUCAACCAUAACAUUUUCAGUUUAUCCCCUGCUGGUCACAGAAAAACGUGUUGAAAUAAAAAUGUUACUUUCCUAAUUCAUGUAAUUUUGUAAAAGUAUUCAUUUUCACAGAAGCUACUGUGGUGUGGCACCUCUUACAGAAAUAUAACUGAUAUAAUAGUUAAUGACUCUUUGUUUGUAGUUAGACCAGAUCCUGGAUGCUGGUGGUUAUGUCUGCUUCCUGUCCUCAUUUUGUAAGAAUCAGUGAAGUGCAGGUUGAGUGAAAAUCACAAUCUUUGCUUGGUUUGUAAGUGUGACACUUUUUUACUUAAGUUAAUUUUUCUCUAGAUUAAAAUGGGAAAAAGCAUGUUAUUACUUUCCUAAUUCCAAUCUUAGUGUACUGUAACCAGCCACUAGGGGUCAGCAUUAUCACCUGCAAAGUGAGAUUUACAUUGAGAUUAAACUUCUACCCCUAUUGUUCCAGCAUUCACUCUCGUAUUUAAACGCUGCUUUCUCCCCUAACAUCAUGUGUAAAUUUGUACUCCAUUGUUCCCUGGUUCUGUAAGCUGUUUUUGGACUUUAAUUAAAACAUUAUUUAUCAUAUA